AUCAAUGGGGGUAGAAUGAAAAAUUAGUGGACGCCAUUUGUCCGGCAGAAAACACAACUUUCCGGUGCGUCUCCGAUCUUCUUCUCAGGUGAUAUUUCUGCAAAAGUAGAUUGAACGGAAAGGAAACUAGGUUCUUUGAAGGAGUAGGGUGAAGGAGGAGUUGUCCUGAACAGUAGCCAUGGUGCAAAGUAUGUCAAUGAGUACUCUUGCAACUUCUAGAUAUUGUGGGGUUUGUGGAUCCACCUGUUUGAGGAGGCAGUUUGGUCGAAUAAAAGAAACCGCAAUAGGUUUUAGGGAAUGUCAAUUUGUUUGGAACGAUCGUCGGAAAAGCUUGUCCUUUGCAACCCACAUUGAUAUGCUAAAGCCGAGAAAUUUGAGAGUUCAAGCUGGAUGGUUGUUUAAAGGAGGUGACCAAAGCUCAGAAGCAAGCAUUGAGCGUAGCGAGAAUGCCAAUGAAGAUAUAUUGAUGUUCUUUUUCCAGCUGGACCUGGCUACACGAGUGCAGUAUGCUUUGAAUGUGGAGCAGUAUGAAAUUGCACAACAACUAAGAGAGAAGCUCAAUGAGGUGGAAACAGAGGUUUUGAAACAGCAGGAAUCCAGAAGGGGAUCAGCCUCAAAGAGUGAAGCUCAAGAUAUGGCUAUAAGCAUCUUGCGUCUACGUGCAGACCUGCAGAAUGCAGUUCAGAGUGAAAAUUAUGAUUUGGCAGCUAAAUUACGAGAUGAAAUUUCCAAGCUUGAGGCAGAGUCUCUGACUACAUCAAUAAGAGCUCAGGCAUAUGAAAAUGCUCAAUAUGCAUUUCGAUUAGGCCAGAAAGUGAAGCACAAGAAUUUUGGAUAUCGUGGUGUUAUAUGUGGGAUGGACCCAAUAUGUUGUGAAUCAAAUUCAUGGAUGGAAACUGCUCAAGUAGAAAAGUUGACUCGUGGUCCUGAUCAGCCCUUUUAUCAGGUGCUGGUGGAUGUACAUACAGAUCCCAAUCUGUUAGUGGCAUAUGUACCUGAGGAAAGUUUAGUGGUGCCUAGCGAACCAGAUAAGGAUAGAUUUGAUCAUCCCUACACCUCAUUCUUAUUUUUUGGGAUGGAUGCUGCCGGAGAUUUCAUACCAAUCAAGCAGCUGCGCGAGAAGUACAACAAGCCUCGGCAUGAGGUGCCUUAUGAUCCGGACAACGAGAAGAGUGGAGAAAGUUCGUAGAUGUGACCAGAGGUUAUGUUGUCCUCUAUGCAAGAUUUGGAUAUAUGAGAAAUUUUCUUGAUUGAAGAGAAAUGCCCUUCCCUUUCCCAUUAUGGUGGGGUUUACCUCAUUUUGAAAGACUGCAAAAUAUGUUUCCUGCACAAUGUCCUUAGAAUACACAACAUAGUUGUGGAGGCUCUUGUAUAGUUCUGGAGAUUUUGGAUGACCAUGACCAAAGUAUAUUGAGCUGCUGUUAUUGUCAGCCUGUUUCAACAGAAAAUGGUCAAUGUAUAUUCAUGUUUUA